CCAAGCCAGAUUCACCCAACUGCGCCGACAUCGUAGAAUGGUAGAAAGUGAACUUGAUUCAAAGCAUAAUCAUAAGUGUGAUGUAAAAGACGAGCGGCUAAACGGCUGUGGCUCUAAGGAUCUCGAACUUGCCCGUAUUGGAACAAAGGGCAAGACCCUAGAUCCAGAGAAAGGAUCCUUCGUUAAAGCAGAUUUUGAGAAGGCUAUUGAACUUACCGACUAUGGCAAAUUUCAUUACUUCCUCCUCACGGUAUGCGGUUUCGUCAGCACUAGCGAGGAGAUGGACGUAAUCUCCAUGUCCUUCAUCCUACCUAGUGCACAAUGUGACCUGAACCUCAAUACCCAAACCAAGGGAUGGCUCAACUCGAUCAUCUUCAUUGGCAUGAUGGCUGGCGCGUACGCCUGGGGCUCCGUUGCGGACGCUCUAGGUCGUCGAAAGGUUCUCAUCGCCAUCUCCUUCACAAAUGCCCUUUGCAUUGUCGCCUCCAGCUUUAGCCAGUCCUAUGAACUCUUCAUGUUCUUUCGUUUUCUCAAUGGCGCCGCUCUUGGAGGUAGCGGACCAGUCAUCUGGUCUUACUUCGCUGAAUUUCAACCGAAGGCGAAGCGAGGCUCGAUGCUGUCCUUCAUGGCUGCUUUCUGGACGCUUGGAAACCUCUUUGUUGCUGGUUUGGCAUGGUCGAUCAUCCCUAAUGACAUCGGUAUUGUAAGUUCAACGUUCACGUAUAAUUCUUGGCGAAUCUUCCUGCUGCUCUGCGCUGCUCCUUCGUUUAUCGUCGCGGGGCUGCUCCUGCUGCUCCCUGAAUCCCCCAAAUACCUCUUGUCCUGCGGAAGAUGUGAAGAAGCGCUCGAUAUCUUCCGUGGGAUUUAUGCCAUUAAUACUGGCAAACCGCGUGAUAGUUACACGGUAAAAGAAUUAAUUCUGGAUGAUAUCCAAGUACCGGAACCAACAAAGAAUAGCAUCGAAAAGAACAAAUGCAAAACAAUGCUCGCCGAUAUCGUAGACAAUAGUAAACAACUUUUCGUCUCACCGAUACUUCGUUUUACCAUGAUUUCGAUCAUCAUCAAUUUCACUUUUCAUAUCGGUUAUUAUGGUCUCAUGAUGUGGUUCCCUGAAUUGUUUAAUCGUUUUGACGAAUUCCAUCGUGAUCAUCCCGGAGAAAUCGCUUCGAUAUGUCAGGUGACUGAGUACGUGGUUCAAAAGGGUUCUCAAAAUGUUGAGAACCUUUGUUCGGAUAAAAUUGGCGCUUCCGUUUUUUUGGAAUCGUUGAUUACCGUAGCAUCCGCUAUACCUGCUAACAUCGUCGCUGUAUUAGGAAUGGAUCGUCUUGGUCGUAAAUUUUUUUUGGUGUUUAGUACACUUUCUUCGGGACUUUGUUCGAUCGGAUUGUACUUCGUAUACAAUAAGCACCACAAUCUCAUUGUUUCGGCUAUCUUUAGUGGUGUAAUAAGCUGCGGAAAUGCAGCCUUAGACUGUCUAAUAACCGAAGUUUUUCCAACACCCCUUCGUGCAACAGGCAUUGCUAUUUCCAUGGUCGCUGCGCGUCUCGGUGGAAUCAUUGGAAACAUCGUAAUAGCUCAACUUCUGGAUAUGUAUUGUCCAGCACCAACUUUUAUCGUUGCUGCACUUCUAAUCGGUGGAGGAUUAUUAUGCUUAUUUUUACCAAACACAACACGGGAACCACUUUCUUGACACUAAUGGAGAAUUACAUCAAAUCCAAUAAAUCGAUGUACAGUCAUACACCCAUCCGGAAAAUUGACAAACUUACUACGUCUCAAAAUAACACAUUGUACGUUCAUACAUUUGUUCACAUUUAAUGCAUAAAACAGUUCAUUAUAAGCAACGAAUGUCGUAACAAUUGAGUACCACAUUCCCAUUUUACAUAUCAAUCUCGAAUGACAAUAAAUAAAGUAGUAUUAACAAUUAGAAUUCGUAGUAGAUAGUAGAGAAUAUUUUCGAGAAUAAAUGAAAUGUGAAUGUGAAUUCGCACAGCAUUUUCUUUAUAAGAAAACACAAAGAUGUCACAUAAUUUCCAUAUAUGUUCAAAUACUAGAUAUUCUAUAGAAUAUCGUGAUCCUUAAACCGUGUGUGAAUUUUGUGUACUCGCACUAAACGCAAGAUGUAGAUACAGCAUUUACACUGACAAUUCAUUCCCCGGUAUUUGUAACAUUUUUGCUAUGUACUUUUGUACCUUUUGUCAUUGGUUCAUAUUCUAAACGCAGCCAUCAUAUUUAUAAGAUUAGCAGUUACAAGAUGUUUAAAACAAAACAACAAUGUAACAAUGAAAGAAAGUAAAAAAACUUAAUCAAGUUUGUUAUUUUACAAAG